UUGCCUCACGCGCUGGUUUAAUAUAAACCACGUCGUCAACACUGGCCGCGAAACAGGAGCGGAAAUUAUCCGUGAUAGGAAUGCGCAUGAAAACUUUGCUGUGAAUACUGAAUUACUUCAACGCAGGAGGUGGACGUGCCAUUAUUUCAUAACCUCGUUUUCUUCUUUUCAAAGACAACCGGUUAAGGAUGAGAUGCAACACGAGGACAUUUUCCUCUCAUUUCUGCUGUUAUCCCCAUCAGUGAUGCUCCAGUUAUAUAAGGAAGGUUCCUGUGGUGCAUAGGCUUUAAAAUGGAUCAACACUGCACAGCUCUGAAUAGCAUAACCAAAAUCAGCUGAUUAUGCUGGUUAACAUAAUGGCUAUGCUGGUCCACCAGUCUGGACCAGUAUGGAACAUCAUUCCGGUCUAUGCUGGUCUUCUCAGCACAAGUCAAGACCAGUGUAUACCUCCCACCCCGCCCCACCACGGCCCUCACCUGUGUGUUGCGGUGCUUCCCUUGUGAGCCGACCUGGGCCGGCAGCCCCUUCUUGCACCGCCCGCCGACCCGGUCCAUGGUUACCAUGACGCGCUCCAAAACCUUCCAGGCGUACCUUCCCAGUUGCCACCGUACCUACAGCUGCAUCCACUGCAGAGCACACCUCGCCAACCAUGAUGAACUCAUCUCCAAGUCCUUUCAAGGAAGUCAGGGCAGAGCAUAUCUGUUCAACUCUGUGGUGAAUGUGGGAUGUGGCCCUGCAGAGGAGAGAGUUCUGCUGACUGGACUUCAUGCAGUUGCAGACAUCUACUGUGAAAACUGCAAAACCACAUUGGGCUGGAAAUAUGAACAUGCAUUUGAAAGCAGUCAGAAGUACAAGGAGGGCAAGUUCAUCAUCGAACUCGCCCACAUGAUCAAAGACAAUGGCUGGGAAUGAACAGACGCCUGGGAGAGUCGAAGUGGAUGACGGGUGAAUGCGUGGGUGGAUGACUGACUUUGGUUUGCCAUUACCCUCUUAAAACCUAAAAUUCCUCCAUCUCCUGCUGACACACACGCACCUCGUCCCCGGGUGCCCACCCGGACCGGUAUCGGGAGAGAGGGCCGCCCCGGGUGGGCGUUGUGUGCCUGGAGGAGAGCGCGUGCGUGUGUGUGUGUCCUCCCCGAUGCGUGGGAGCACACUGAGAUACAUGAAUGCAUACACAAGGUGUACAGACGUACAUGCACACACAUACGCCAAAGCAUGUCAUGCUUGUUUGUACUGUACGCAGCUCUAUUCAUACGUGUGACAUAAGGCAGGGCUCUGAGGGCACGCUGCGCUUGGCAGGAUCGGGGUCAUGCGUUGACAGAACUGAUGGGGGUCUCUCCACAUUCUGUUUGUAAGAAACUACCAGGGUUUUUCCCAUUCAGCUGAGGAUAGCACCAUCUGUACAAUCGUGGAGGCCUGGCGCACGCAGAUAGCAGAGAGGUCUGGAGAGAUCAGUGAAUGAGGCUCUUAAACCAAUGAUUCAAAUGAAGUUUACCCCUCCUGCUUUUAAAGAGAUAAUGCACAUGAAAUAAAAAGUUGUUUUAAAGGCAAAUGGCAAUUUAAAGAAAAAUAUAUAGGCUAGUCUUCACUUAAUAAUGAAGGUAAAUGGGGACUGGCACCAUAAAUGACAAUAAAUGUAUCAUGAUAGUGGUCUGUACAUUUUGUUAACUAAUAUAUGAGGAGCUCAGAUGCAAAAGCUGCUUAGCGUCACCUCUGUCAAAAAUGAGAUGUUAUGCUCUCUGUCAUUUUCAUCAAAUAAAAUCCCUGCCUCGGGCCAUUAAAAAACUGCUUUGUUGGAGACAAAGAACUCGCUAAACGCUAUGUCGAUUUUUUUAGCAAAGUCCUCUUAAGUGCAAUAAAGAUAAAUUGGAUGAACAUCGGCGUGUGAAACGACCGUGUUUCACAUUCAAACUUAAACCUGAAACAACCCGAACAUGGCAGUCACAUGGAUCACAGCGCCCCCCUGAUAUGUGGUUCAGUUUCUUCAUUUUUACAUUCUGACUUUCAUCAUUUGCAAUGUUUGCAGUUACAUCUUUAGUGAUUUUGCAACUGGUUACUAUGUCAAUAUCCAAAAAAGUGGAUUUUAUUUGAUACAAAAAGCUUGUGUGCACAUAGAGGGUUUUUCAGCGAAACACAGUCAAAUUUGUUAAAAACCAAUAAAAAAUGUCUUAAGGCAUUUAAGUCACUGACUAAGGUGCUGAUCACACCAAACGCGUUUAUGGCAAUUGCAGGCGCCUUUUUGAAUGACUUUGGCCAGAGGGCAAUUCACAACCAAGACAUUAAAAAAUUGAUUCGGCGAUGCUGCCACGCCUACAUGUCACGUCUGGUCGGCUUGCCAAGCUUUUGUAGUGUAAACGCACAUGUGGUUGAAUGUGUUUGAACAGCCACACGCGAGCGCCUUCUCUCCGCCCAUUUAUCUAAUCUGAGGUACUGAACACAAUGUUUUACGUCUUUUUUGACUUCUGGCACGAACACACAGUGUACAGCGCUAUGUUUAGCCUUUCAUUGAUAAAACUAAAGCGGCUGAUCUCCGCAGUUUCAUUUUACAAGCGUGUGAAAGUUGCAUGAUCUUAUUUCAUCAAUUGCGCUGAAAUAUCAGAGAAAGCUCUAACAUAUGCAUGUACAAAACACUGUGCAGCAUAUUUACUUACUACACAAGCAGUGGACUCAGACAUAAUAUUAGUUUGCGUCCAUAUAAACUCGUCAUUACUCCCGCUCGCGUUUAAAAAACAAGUUGCAAAGUAGAGAAAUGUUCAUCUGACAGGAAGUUUUGUUUUAUCAGGUAUAUGCGUGUACCAUAUUUUUCCAUUGACAGCACGAUUAACAUGGCAGGGCAUCACUGGGUUUAAGGUCAGAUAUUAUAUUUCAUAAAAGUUUAGUCUAAAAAUGCCAUAGUAUUUUUUGUGCUUUCAAAAAAAAAGGUAAGAAUCGAACCGUGGCCUCAGAAUUGAAAAUUUAAUCGAAUCGAGGAUUUGGAGAAUCGUGACACCCCUAACAGAGAGCAUUAUGCACACUGUUUACAUGAGCCCAAGGCCUUGCGUUGUUUGCAACUGUCCGAAGCACGCGCUUUUGAAGGAGCGCUGAGAGCGGAAUAGCAUCCAACGUCAGUUGCGUCUUUCCAUUGUCCACUUGAAUUAAGCGAGAGGCGGGCCUUACGUUGUGGUUACAGGGGGUUUACAGUUGCUUGAACUCCACUCACUCACUCCUGUGUGUUUGUGCACCUUUCAACCUCAAACAAGAUCAGAGCAAGCGUCCUCUUUUUAAAGUUUCUUCUAAUAAAUCAAGUUAAGAGCAAAAGAGCGCUUACGCUUCAAUAUUUGACUGACAAUACAGGUGACUCUGCGGUUGCCUAGCAAUACAAAAAGCCGCGCUGCACUGCUCUUUUUCAAGUGAUCAAAGUGCGUUCACACCACCACCGACGAGAGCGUAAAAAAAUGCUCUGGCUGCCCUGCCAACAACGCUAUAGAAAAAGUGUCUCUGAUGCGCAAAUUCACUCUUUGGACUCCUGGAGGUUUCCGCCUUCCAAUUGGUUGCCGUCAAACGUUUCCGUCUUCCGAUUGGUUGCCGCCAAACUUUUGCGUCUUCCGAUUGGUUGCCGCCAAACUUUUGCGUCUUCCGAUUGGUUGCCGUCAAACUUUUCCGUCUUCCGAUUGGUUGCCUGCGAACCGCGUCAUAGCUCAUUACCAUUAAGUUGAGCUGAUUUCAACUCCGUCCAUGAGGCGCCGCGCCACUGCUCCCCGUCGGCUCUCAUUAAAAAUGAAUGACUUCCGGACACUUUGACGCUCUCGCCGGUGGCAGUGUGAGUGUACAGUAAUAACCUUUUUAUUGCCAUCAAAGUGAAAUUACUGAACCUAAACAUAAGAGAGUGAUAAAAAUCUCAUUUACAAGAAAACAUUUCAGCCGCACAUCAGAGGGUUUUGCAUCUGAACUUCUCAUUUGAAAUAUUUUGAAUCCAGCUCUAUGUGGGAAAAAGACCAACAUUUAAGUAUUCCAAGAUGAAAUCUUGUAAGCUGUAUAAUGACAGCAUUUUCAUUUUUUGGCGUACUGUCUCUUUAAGAAAAGAUAUGGAUCUCAUCGACUUUAAAAACAUGCAGCCCACAUUAACAUGAAUGUAAACCUUUGUGUAUAGCAGUUUACAACGUGUUGUAUCUGGACAUUUUUGUGUCUGUGUACCAUGUUAACAGUUUGUGCCGGUCCCAGUUUCAAGGUGUGUAUUUGUAGCGAGUGUUCUUGCUGUUAGUGGACUCUUUUGGGACUAAUGAAAUUAGGUAAGACACUGUACACUGCCUCUCCAUUAGAUUUGUAUAAUAAAAAUCAAUCCACUCUUGAAAGCUCCUGUGUGCCCAAGACAACUGAUAUACAAUUCACUUCAGUGUCGACAUCAUUAACCAAAGACCCAACCUCAAAUUAGUUGACCAACACAAAAAAUUGCUUUUUAAUUCUUUGCUUGGGGCAGACAAUGGUGGGGUGUGGAGUUGUAUAGUCAGAAAGCAAGCUUAUUGACAUUUUUCUCUCUAAAAUGUAUUAUUUACUUGUUGAAAUGACUAUAUAAUGAAUAUAUGUUUGUGUGUGUAUACAGCUAUUUAUUCACAGCUGAUUUUCAUCUGUGUCAGGGACUAAAUUGUUGCGUUUGUUUUAAAUUAUUAUGACUGUCAUCCUAGCAUUAUCACAAUUCAUGUCUUGACACCAAAUUUACUACUUUUGUACUCCUGUAAGACGUUUUAACUGUAGUGCGUUUUAUAAAUGGAGGUGGAGAGGAUAAUGAUGUUAUUGGCACUGAUCGAUAUUGAUAUAAAAUAUCAAUAAAGUUGAAAUGUUGACUGGUU